CGCAAGUACCCUCCCCUCGCCGCCCUCCAUGUCGUCGACCUCCAAGCGCAAGCCGGACUCCCAGCAGGGCCCGUCCCAGCCGCCGUCCAGGUGGCGGAACCCGCGCGCGCAGGAGGCCUACUCCUCCAAGCUCCUCGACGCGCUGCGGCUCGUGCGCGCAGGCUCCGCCCCUUCGGCGCGCGGCCGCGAGGUGCGCGACGCGGCCUACCGCGCGCUCGCCGUGGCCGCGCGGGGCCGCUCGCGCUGGAGCCGCGCCAUCAUCGCGCGCCGGCGCCGGGCGCUCCAGCGAGCAAGCCUCCUCCCCAGCGCGCCCCCAUCAUCCGUGACGGUGUCCAGCAGCAGCUCCGGCCCAGGCCAGUCGCUGGCUAGCAGGGCCAGGGCGCUGGGGCGGCUGGUGCCCGGGUGCCGGAGGCUGUCGCUCCCCGCGCUCCUGGCCGAGGUGUCCGACUACAUUGCGGCGCUCGAGAUGCAGGUGCGCACCAUGAACCAGCUCACGCAGGACGUCGCGGUCGCCUCCGGCACCGGCUCCUCGCCCACGGCGUGACGUGAUCCAUUCAUCCAUCAUGGUGAACCCAACCGCGCUGCUACGAUCGAUCGAUCGAUGGAUCGCAUCAACUAAGAUUUUACUUUCAGAUAUAUAUUGGACGACUGGGUAGAUCUUCACUAGUGUUGCUCCAGCAGAGGCUUGGAAACUCUGCAUUGUUCUGCUCUGUUCGUGUUGGCAUUGGCGUGUGGAUGAGCUGGCCACAACAUGGACCUGUUCUUCCGGCCUGUUGCUUUGCUUGGUUCCUGAAUAGGAGGAAAGGAAGCCCUGGAAAUAAAAAAACAUCUCUUUUUUUUGAAAACUAAAAAACAUCUCUUCAUUUGUUA